GUUGCAACCUGCCUCCAGGUGGAUCUUAGUGCAGAACCUGCAGCAUCCUUAACUCUUGGCACUCCUGCACUUAGGCCACAAUGGCAGGUCGAGGUGGAGCUGCUCGACCGAAUGGACCAGCUGCUGGAAACAAAAUCUGCCAGUUUAAACUUGUUCUCUUGGGAGAGUCAGCAGUGGGGAAGUCCAGCCUUGUUCUGCGCUUUGUGAAGGGGCAGUUCCACGAGUACCAGGAGAGCACGAUUGGAGCUGCCUUCCUAACACAGACAGUCUGUCUGGAUGACACAACGGUGAAGUUUGAAAUAUGGGAUACAGCAGGACAAGAGCGGUAUCACAGUCUGGCACCGAUGUAUUACCGAGGUGCCCAGGCAGCCAUUGUUGUCUACGACAUCACUAACACAGACACAUUUGUACGAGCCAAGAACUGGGUGAAAGAGUUGCAGAGGCAGGCUAGCCCCAAUAUUGUAAUUGCACUAGCAGGAAACAAGGCAGACCUUGCUACCAAGAGAGCUGUGGACUUCCAGGAUGCACAAACAUAUGCAGAUGACAACAGCUUGCUGUUCAUGGAGACAUCGGCAAAGACAGCGAUGAAUGUGAAUGAAAUCUUCAUGGCAAUAGCCAAGAAACUGCCAAAAAAUGAACCGCAGAACGCUCCUGGUGGCCCAGGUAGGAAUCGGGUGGUUGACCUUCAGGAGAGCAGUCAGCCUAGCAGGAGCCAGUGCUGCAGCAAUUGAGCAGCCGUUCCCGCCUGAUGGAGCCCUUGAAUGACGUGACUGGAAUCCAUGCUAACAAUCGCACUUACCGUAGAGCGGCUGCUGCCGGUGGCUGCUGUGAUUUCUCCAUCCCUUUCUGAUCAUAGGCUGGAGGGAGUUCUUCCACCUGCACCUUUCUGUACAAAUACUAAUUCAAUUCUAAGUCUUAAGUCACUUUUUUAAUAUAUGAACUUCUACUCUUCCCUCUUCCUGGUGGUGGUGGAUGCAUGACCUGGUGUCUGCCCAGCCAGCUCAUCCCUUCCCACGGGUGAGGGCCAGCAGCACCCAGGUCCCACAGUACUGUAGUUCACUAUUGGAAACAAAGGGAUAUUGAGACUAGACAACCUUGUUUAAAAUUACCCGUAUGUAAAAGCUAAGGCUAAUACCAGUACGAUAUGCCUAGAACAACCACUAAACUGUAGCAUUAUAGUGACAAACUCUGGCUUUUCAGCCAUGUAUUGACCAAAUCAAUUAUGAGUAUUCUGGGGUGGGGCAGAGGGAAGCAAAACUGGUUUCUUCUGUAUUUUGUAUUGUAUGUUUCUUCAUGUAACCAAUCAGUAUCUUGUCAAUAUAGUACAUACAACUAGCUGCCUGUUGUCUUUAUUUGUGUUGGACUCUAGCAUGCCAACUCUCUUUUUUUCUAUCUCUGGUUCUGUUGUAAUGCACUAAUCCUGUUGCAACUUUUGCAAAAAUCUUGUAUAGAAAAUUGUCCUUUUUUUGAUGGUUGUGAUGCCACUAAUGUUGUUAACCCUACUCUAGUGUGAAUACACAUGGUUUACUGAUGUACAGAGGUGGGGUGGGGGAAACCUCGGAUAACUUGUCAGUGGAAACAAUAUGUAUUGCAAAAGCCUGUAAUUCCACAAAGUAUGAAGGGAGGUAUUAAAAUGGCUUCUGUUGCCAGACUCUAACUGAUGGUGGCUGCUGCCUAGUGCCUAAUGCAAUGUCUUAUGCAUACUGGUAUUUAAGAGGAACUGUCAACCUAGUCUUCAUCACAAACUUCAGUUUUGUGUGAUUAAAAAAAAAUUUUUAUAAACC